AUGCAGACCAUCAUCAACAAGGUCACCGGUAAUGACGCGAAUAACAUCAGCGGCUUCGACCAGGAGGAUGUCCCCGAGCUGAAGGGCCGGACCGUAGUCGUAACCGGCGGGACUGUCGGCAUCGGCUUCGAAGUCGCCAAAGCCCUCGCGCUCGCAGGGGCCCGUGUCCGUCUCCUGUCGCGCAGGAGCGAGAACGCAGAGGAGGCCAUCGCGAAAAUCAAGUCUGACGCCGACCCGCACGGGCCCAUCGUCGACGUCACCUUCACGCCGUGCGACCUGGGCAGCCUCGAGAACGUCAAGCAAGUCGGAGACCGCAUCCGAGAGCAAGAGGAGCGACUCGACCUCCUCAUCCUCGACGCAGGCGUCGGCGUGAACAAAUACGACGUCUCCGCAGACGGCAUCGACCGCCACUUCGCCGUGAACCACCUCGGGCACUACUACCUCACCAACCGCGUCCUCCCCCUCCUGCGCCGCACCGCCGAGCUCCCCGGCGCGCCCGCCCCGCGGAUCGUCGUCGUCUCCUCCGAGCUGCACCGCGCGCUCGCGACCACGGUCAAGUUCGCGUCCCUCGACGAGAUCAACACGGACCUCGGCGCGAACGGGCUGUACGCGCGCAGCAAGCUCGCGAACAUCCUCUUCGUCAAGUACGGCCUCGUCGAGCGCGUCCUCCGCCCGACAGGCUCCAGGAUCGUCGCCAUCGCGACGCACCCCGGCGCGGUGCACACGACGCAGCAGGACCAGUUCAAGGACACGUUCGGCACCGUUGUGGGGACGAUGAUGAAGCAUCUCACCAUCCCGUUCAUGCGCAACCCGGAGCAGGGCAGCCUGAGCACGCUGUGGGCAGCGACGAGCGAGGAGGUCGACGAAGACCCUGCGAAAUGGAACGGGCACUACAUCACUGACCCGGGUCAACUGAGCGAGGAGAGCAGGGCUGCACAGUCGUCUGAGCUGGGAAAGAAUCUGUGGGGUAUCAGCGAGCUCCUAGUGAGGAAGAAAUUAGGGAGCGACGCUCUGCUUCCCUGGGACGAGCGCAUGUAG